UCUAUAAAAGCUGCCCCAACUCUCUCCCCUCACCCGGCAGCCUCAUCCCUCUAUCUCCAACAGCAUUCUCUCUAUCAAUAGAGAAGAUCGAGGAUAGAACUGUAAAUGGCAAUUUCUUACAGUCUAAUAAUAUACACAUCCAUCGUCUCUGCCCUUCUCUGCUAUCUCCUAAUUAGGAAACUCGGGAAGCAGAAUGGGAAGCUCCGCCUGCCACCGGGCUCCAUGGGCUUGCCCUACAUCGGAGAGACCUUACAGCUUUACUCACAGGACCCGAACGUCUUCUUCGGUUCCAGGCUUAAGAGGUACGGCGAGAUCUUUAAGACGCAUGUAUUGGGUUACUCGUGCGUGAUGCUGGCGAGCCCGGAAGCGGCGAGGAUGGUGCUUGUGAGCGAGGCACACCUCUUCAAGCCGACCUACCCGCGGAGCAAGGAGAGGAUGAUCGGCCCAUGGGCGCUCUUCUUUCAUCAGGAUGAAUACCAUGCGCGUGUAAGGAAGCUUGUGCAGGCUUCGCUCGCCCCAGAGUCACUCCGCGGUCUUGUUCAUCAGAUUGAAGCUGCAGCCACCGCCAUGCUCCGCUCAUGGGACGGCCGUGUCCUCAGUACAUUCCAAAUUAUGAAGCAGCUCUCCUUCGAAGUCGGCAUUUUAGUCAUCUUCGGCAGGCAUUUGAGCGAGCAACGCAAGAAUGAGCUAAAAAAUAACUACUUCAUCGUUGACAAGGGCUACAAUUCUUUCCCCACAAACCUCCCCGGCACUCUUUACAGCAACGCCAUUAAGGCGAGGAAGAGGCUUCGGCAAAUACUCAACGAUAUCAUGAAGGAGAGAAGAGAAAAUGGGGCGAUGGCAGAGAAGGAUCUGCUGUCCUGUUUUGUGGAGUGGAGGGACGAGAGAGGAGAACAAUUGACAGAUGAUCAGAUCUCCGACAAUAUCAUCGGAGUGCUCUUUGCCGCGCAGGACACGACGGCUAGCGUUCUGACAUGGAUCGUUAAGUACCUCAACGACGAGCCUAAGAUUCUUAUGGGAGUGAAGAGCGAACAGAUGGCGAUUUAUGAAUCGAAUGGAUGCGGAAGGCAGCCAUUAACAUGGACCCAGACCAGGAGCAUGCCUCUAACUCAUAGGGUUAUAUUGGAGAGCUUAAGGAUGGCAAGCAUUAUCUCCUUCACGUUUAGGGAGGCAGUGGCAGAUGUGGAGUAUAAAGGGUACCUUAUACCCAAGGGAUGGAAGGUGAUGCCUUUAUUCAGGAAUAUCCAUCACAAUCCAGAAUUUUACUCAGAACCAGAAAAAUUUGUUCCUUCUAGAUUUGAGGUCUCACCCAAACCCAACACCUUCAUGCCAUUUGGAAAUGGUGUUCAUUCUUGCCCUGGGAAUGAGAUCGCCAAGCUUGAAAUGUUUGCCUUUAUCCAUCAUUUGGUGACUCAAUACAGAUUUGAGGUAGUGAGCUCUUACAGUACAGUGGAAUAUAGGCCAUUCCCUAUUCCCAAGAAUGGCCUCCCUGUUCGUCUUCGGCGUACAGAGACCGAUAGUAGUGUGAACCACUAGCAAGACGGGUGCUCAAAGAAUUGUCGUGUCUCAUUGUUUUUACUUAAAGAAUGUUAAACUAAUAUUUGCAUACCCCGGUUCUGUGAUUGGCUUGCCUCUUUGUUGUUUUUUUUUUUUAUUCUCUCAUUAUUACAACAAUUACAGAUUUUUGAAUCAUCUACAAUACUUUAUGUAACCUUCUAUCAUCAUAUUAUUGG